UGUAUUCCGGUCUAGUUGCCGUGUGGCGAAUAACGGUACCGGCAAAGUACUUGAGCACAUGAUUACUCAAGCCGGGCGUGUCAGCACGUGGCGGUGGCGGGGCAGGCAAAUUGUUACCUGCAGCAAUGAUGAUGGCCGACCCGCUCCUACCCUGACCUUGCGCCGAUGGCGAACAAGUGGAUCUGUACGUGGACGCAUCGUUGAGAAACGGCAGGGCUGGAAUUGGGGUAUUUGCCAUGCCAUCGCGAGUGCGCUUGUCGAAGACAGUGGCAAGCUCCGAACAGGCGGACCCACACCUCACGGAGCUGCUGGCGAUUCGAGAGGCAGCCAACUGGCCGUGGACUCCGCAAUGCGUAGCCUUUGAUGGCGACGGCCGCAAGGUGCCGGCGUCGAGCAUUCGAAUCUUCUCCGACUGCCAGUCGGCGCUGCUGUCCGUACAGAGCUGGAGGGCGAGCGCAUGUCAGAAGGUGGUGGCAGAAAUCGUCAAGAAGCUUCGAAUGGUCAACGUCACGCUGCACUGGAUUCCAGGACACGCAGGGAUCGAGGGAAACGAGGAGGCAGACAGGCUGGCAAAGGCAGCAGCAAGGAAAGAAAGCGAUAGGCCGCCACGCCGUAAAGGCAUCCCGUGGUAUCUGAUGCGUCUAGCGCUGGAAAAGGCCAACAUAGCAGGAGAGUUCCCUCUACACAGGACAGCAGAGACAGGCAUGUUCACCAAGAAGAUUGACGCAGCGUUCCACCUAGGCAAGUCGGCAGGGAUGUACCGGCAGCUAAGCAGCGCUGAGGCUGCCAUCCUCACGCAGCUACGGACCGGCAAGACGUUUCUCAACGAGUAUCUACACAAGAUCAAAGCAUCAGAAACCGCGUUGUGCGAUUGCGGGAGCAUAGAGUCGAUAGCGCACUUCCUCUUCGCGUGCAGGCGAUGGAGGCGGCAGAGAACACAACUAAGACAGCAGCACGGGCAGCGAUUCGGAGAGCUGUCGUACGCACUGGGAGGAUACUCGAGCAAGCAAGAAGGCGGACAGAGCAUCGACGGACCGAUGGAGCGGUGGAAGGCAGACAUAGCGGUGGUCAGGGCCACGAUCGAGUUUGCAAAAGCCACUGGGCGACUACAGCCAAACGCACGAGACACAGCAGAUAGGGAAGAGGCAGAGGCGGAGGAGCGAAGUCAGCUCCGAGCGCCGUCUCCUACUGAAUAA